CAGCCCCUAAUGUGCGCUGAUCUCAUCCAGCAGGCAGCAGAGGAGGAGAGAGCGAACCAGCAUCCUCCUCCUCCUCCUCCUCCUCUAAGGAGGUCCCAGCCCUGCUGCCUGCAAAAGGAUGCUGAGAGAAGCAGGAAGACAGGAAGGAAAAAAGGGGGGAUUUGGGGAGGAUUGGGCACCCCAUUUCUUCACCCAGAGCCUGGUCUUGAAGGGGAAUGUUGAUGACCUGCUGCGGCAUUCUUCUGGCUGCCAAGAAAAGUUGGCUUCAAGCUCGAAAAGGUACUGAUCUGCUAUAAUACAGAUCAAAACAGGCAGGACGACCAGACUGAAGCCGUCUGAGCAGAUGCCCAGAGGUGUGUCGGUCUCAUCUCUAUAGAAGUUCCCUGUGUCAGACUCCAGACUCUUUACUGUGCCUCUCCAUUUGCACUGCUUGAGGAAGGGAAGCCAGCUGUGUUAAUGCCUAGACUGCUUGAAUAACAGAUUUAUCAGCCACUCGAUGGGGAUUACCAGUGGAGCAGCUGUUUGUGUCACCAUUCCACCUUUGUGUAGCAAGCAAAACAACUUCAGCACCUCUUCGAUAAUAAUUAUGAAACUGGUAUUAACUGAAUGGCAAUUAUGGAUUUUUAACUCUAAUUCACAGUAAACGAAAGCAAGCCAUAUGUCGAAUUGAAUUUCCUACCAAAUAGCUUUUUGUUCCUCUGAAUGUUUCAACGCCUGCUGCAUAAGAAAUUGAUGACGAAACCCGUUGGGAAGGAGGGGAAUUACAAAUAUUGCUUGCAUGAGAAACACGACGCCAUCAGAAAGAGAAGACAUGAAUGCUGACUCGGAAUCUAUGCAAGUUCAAGAGCUCCCUGUGGUACAGCUCCAGAAACCGGAGAAUGAGAAUGAGAGUAAAGAAGAGACUAUUAGCGAAGGAUCCAUAGACCGGAUACCUGUUCGUCUCUGGGUGAUGCAUGGUGCCGUCAUGUUUGGCCGGGAAUUUUGUUACGCUAUGGAGACAGCUUUGGUUACACCAGUAUUGUUACAAAUUGGUCUUCCCGAACAGUACUACAGCCUCACAUGGUUCCUUAGUCCAAUUCUGGGCCUCAUCUUCACUCCUUUAAUAGGUUCAGCAAGCGACCGCUGCACACUUAGCUGGGGCCGCCGGCGGCCUUUUAUUCUUGCCCUUUGCAUCGGAGUCCUCUUUGGAGUCGCCCUUUUCUUAAAUGGCUCUGUUAUAGGUCUAGCCAUUGGAGAUGUCCCGGACCGCCAGCCCAUUGGCAUCGUCCUCACUGUGCUGGGCGUCGUGGUCUUGGAUUUCUGCGCCGAUGCCACGGAGGGGCCGAUCCGGGCCUAUUUGCUGGACGUGGUGGACAGCGAGGAGCAGGACAUGGCGCUCAAUAUCCACGCUUUCUCAGCAGGUCUCGGAGGAGCCAUUGGCUAUAUGCUGGGGGGCCUGGACUGGAUGCAGACUUUCCUGGGGUCCAUCUUCAUAUCCCAAGAGCAAGUGCUCUUCUUCUUUGCUGCCAUCAUUUUCUCCGUCUCAGUUGUCCUCCACCUUUGCAGCAUUGAAGAAGAGCAGUACAACCCACAGCAGGACAGGAUUGAUGACGAAGCGGACACCCUGUCGAGUGUCAAGCUGAGCGGUGGUAGCCUCCCGCCUCUGAACCGGCUGAACAUCAUCAGCGAGGAAGACCCUUAUGGGAACGCCAUGUUCCCAGACGAGGUCCAGUCAGAGCAUGACCUCAACAUGGACUUCCUCGAGGUGGACAUUGUGCGGAGCAAGAGCGACUCGGUCUUGCAUAUGGCCGACGCCACCCUCGAAAUGGAAUCCGAGCUGCUUUUCCUCCAUGACAUCGAGCCUUCCAUCUUUCAGGAUUCUUCAUACCCAAACACCCCACACAGCACCAGCCAGGAACUCAUGAAGUCCAAAUUCAACCGCCUGUCUGCGUUCCUCAGGGAAAACGAGAAAGAGGAGGAGAUGUUACUUGAUAAUCACUUGAAUGAAGCCAAAGUCCCCAAUGCCAAUGGCUCCCUACCAAAAGAUCUUCUGAAUGGGCACGCUAGGAUCGGCAUGAAGCAAUCAAGCACUUCCAACUCCAUGCGCAGGCGGCGGCACAUGUUCUACCGCCAGCCCUCUCACACCUUCUCCUAUUACGGCAAGAUCGGCUCCCACCGUUACCGUUUCCGACGGGCCAAUGCUGUGGUCUUGAUCAAGUCCUCUCGCAGCAUGAAUGACAUUUACGACAUGCAGAAGAGGCAGCGGCAGAGGUACCGGCACAGGAACCAGAGCGGGGCCACCAACUCCAGCGGGGACACGGAGAGCGAGGAGGGGGAGACGGAGACCACCGUCCGGCUCCUGUGGCUCUCCAUGCUGAAAAUGCCCAAGGAGCUGCUGCGGCUGUGCGUCUGCCACCUCCUAACGUGGUUUUCCAUCAUUGCCGAAGCCGUGUUCUAUACUGACUUCAUGGGGCAGGUCAUCUUUCACGGUGACCCCAAGGCUCCCUCCAAUUCUACCGAACUGUUUGCCUACAACGCUGGUGUUCAGAUGGGCUGCUGGGGACUGGUCAUUUACGCUGCUACUGCUGCUGUGUGUUCAGCCUUAUUACAGAAGUACUUAGACAACUACGACCUUAGCAUCAAAAUAAUCUACAUCCUGGGCACGCUGGGAUUCUCCAUCGGAACGGCGGUGAUGGCCAUGUUCCCUAAUGUCUAUAUCGCCAUGAUAAUGAUCAGCACGAUGGGAAUAGUCUCUAUGAGCAUCUCCUACUGCCCGUAUGCGCUGCUGGGCCAGUACCAUGACAUCAAGGAGUAUAUCCACCAUAGUCCUGGGAACUCCAAGCGGGGCUUUGGCAUCGACUGCGCCAUCUUGUCCUGCCAGGUCUACAUCUCCCAGAUCCUGGUGGCCUCUGCCCUCGGAGGGGUCGUGGAUGCCGUGGGCAGCGUCCGGGUCAUUCCGAUGGUGGCCUCGGUGGGCUCUUUCUUGGGCUUCCUGACAGCCACGUUUUUGGUGAUUUACCCGGACGUCGGAGAAGGUUCGAAGGAAGAGCAGAAGGGCCUGGCCCCGCCUCCCAACGCUAUCGAAAGCAACGGCACCGACGAGGAGAAACCGACCGUGAUCAAGCUCUCUCGGAAAGAAUCCGCCGCCGCGCCAGAAGUGGAAAAUGAAUCCACCGUUUGAACAGAUUGCCAUCAUUCGCACACAUUCCAAGCAAUUCAGGUGCAUGAAUCGGAACCUUGUCAAAAGCAAAAAAAAAAUAAUAAUAAUCUGAACUUUCAAGAGACAUCAUUGCUGUCUGACACGCGGCAAUGGAUUAAAAUGGUUCUUCAUGCAAAAACGUAGCUGAAAUUCCAUAGCGCUAGAGUAGCCUUGAAUUAGGUAGCUUUGAUGCUGAUUGCUUUCUCUACAAUCCAGAAAAAAAAUCAUCUUUCUUAGAGGUAUUUUUAAUGGAAAUGCACUUGGGUUUCCAAGGUGAAUUUUAUCAGUAGGCAGAAAACUUUUUCCUUGCACAUGG